AUGUAUAGCUCAGCACAAGCAGAAGCUCUUAUGCGACUAGGGCAAGAGGCGCUCCAAGAGGACCUGAAAAGAAAGGAACGCGCUGAAAACAAUGAGCUUAGAAAAGCCUGUCUUACAGAAUUGCUAAAAGAAGAUCCUAAGAAUAUUUGGUACCACGGUAAUGUUAUUCGCGUAGUUUUAGCUAUCUUCUUUGCUGCGGAUACGGACUUAGAUGGACGUCUUACAGUUACUGAAUUAUUAGAGUUUACGAAGACAAAGGACAACGAUACCUAUAAGAGCGUUCAAGCAAUGUUCAACAAAGCUAAUAUUAGUAAGGACUCGAAGCUUAAUCUUGCUAAGUAUCUUAUUCUCGGUAUUCUUAGUGGUAAUCGCAAAGCCGGGUACGUUCUCGCCACUAAGUCGUAG